UUUUUUUCUGCAUUAUAUGUUGUCCGUAAUAUGCGCCAGUCAUUUGAUACUGCCACCAGGAGAAGUGGUGGUAUCUUAGCAACAAAGAAAAAGUGUCAACAGUAUUUUCUUCUGUCGGCCAGCAUAUGAAUCUACGGCAUGUCUGCAAAGGGGGCAACUCUUCUGGCAAAGGCAAGGACCCGAUUUGAAGAUGGUCCACAGGUCCAUGAACUGACACGGAAGAAGCCGCUCUCUAUUGAGGCUCAACGCAUCUCAAGCAUAUUGGAAAAUUGUAUCGCUAAAACUGAGAUUGCAGCAACUCUGCCUGCUGUCCUCCAGUUAAACAGCGUGUCCGGUGUUGUGGACAAGGAGUUCAGCAGGGCACUUCGAGAACAUCAAAUACUGAGUGAAAGACUGGAGACACUAGAAGGCCUCAAGCAAGAGUCAGAUGGGGAGCAAGAGGGAGAAGCUGGCCAAGAGAGCAAGAGAGCAAGAGCUCAGUUUGAGAAGGACAUCAAGAACUCCAUUAAGGAUCUGCUCAGGCUUGUCCGAGCCCAUCCUGAUGCCAUUUUUGGUUUGAGGUUGGAGUUAGGUAUGGAACUAGGAGAGGGUGAGUACAUACUAAUUAGAGGGCUUGAGAAGUUUCACAACCUUAUGGUAGAAAAGAUGCUGACCAGCCUGGACGAGGAGGUACAGCUGGUUCUCUACAAGCAGGCGUCUUCAUCUCCUGACCACGAUCUGGAACACAUAGUUUCGCAGGAAGAAGAAAUCGCUACAGAGAUUAAGGAAAUAGAUGCAAAGAUUUCUCACAAAAAUCAUCAGAUCAAAAAUUUGCAGAGUUCUCUGCAAGAGAAAAAAACACAAGAAGCAGGUAUGUCAUUUGGAAGCAAGCAGGGCCAGUCACAUAUCAAGUCUUCAAAGGUGAAGCAGACCAGUAUACAGCAGGAAAUUGAUCAACUGAACAUUCAGCUCAACAAUUUGAUGGUUGAAAACAGACAAGCAGAGCGAGUGCUCCAAGAAAAAAAUGAAAAAGUGGAGACCGAAAUCGAAUACUUGAUCCAAAAUUUUGAUGAAGAAAUAGAAGAAAUCCAGGCCAACCUGGAACUGAAUGAAAUGGAUAAUGAAAGGGACGAGGAGGAAAUGAGGAAGCUGGAGAAACCCUUUUCUGUCCUAGAGUUGGAGUGCAACCAGAUCCAGGAGAAGCAUCGGCUGGCAGAAGAGAAGAGGAAAGAGGAGAUCAAGGAGCUGGAGUUGAAGACCAGAGCUGCUAUUUUUGCCCAGGCGUGGUGGAGAGGCUACACUACUCGCAAGGCCUUAAAGAACAAGGGCAAAAACAAGAAGGCCAAAAAAGGCAAAGGCAAAAAGACCAAAUAAUCCAAUGACUAGUUUCAUUACUCUGGUGCUUCACUGACACAUCCUGUAGAUCAUAAAUAUUGUUGAGCAAAUUCCAGUAUACCCUAUAUUCACUGUGUUUGUCAUGGAUGUCUUGUGUUUGUUUUUUUUUUUAAAUAAAGUGUAUGUUUUUAAUUAAUAUUUGCUGUUUUUGUGAAUACAGACUAUAAAGGAAUGCAGUACUUUC